AUGGAAGAAGGUAAAGAUACUGUUCCAGUAACCAGGACAAGCCCAGCUAGGGUUUUGCCCAAAAGGCUGCUUCAUAUGCUUGUACUGUUUCUGGUCAUGUGUUUCACCUUCUCUGUUAUUAGCAUCUACAUAGUUAGGUACUUUAGAGUUAGUAGCAUAGUUACACCUCGGACUCCUACCUUGUUGGCCUGUAAUACAGAACUUAAGAAUCUUGAGCAGUGGAUCAAGCCCCCAUCUGAUUUGAUGCACGGGAUGAACGAUAAGGAGUUGUUUUGGAGAGCGUCAUUGGUGCCGCGCGUGAAAAAAUAUCCGUUCAAAAGGGUCCCGAAGAUCGCGUUCAUGUUCUUGACAAAAGGGCCUUUGCCUUUGGCUUCCCUUUGGGAGAGGUUUUUUAAGGGAAAUGACGGGCUUUAUUCGAUUUACAUUCAUGCUUUACCUUCUUACAGAGCUGACUUCCCCACCUCGUCAGUGUUUUACAAGAGGCAGAUACCGAGCCAGGUGUCAGAAUGGGGAAAGAUGAGCAUGUGUGACGCGGAGAGACGUCUGUUGGCAAACGCCCUUCUCGACAUAUCGAACGAGCGCUUCGUGCUGCUCUCUGAGUCGUGUAUCCCCCUCUACAAUUUUACCACAGUCUACAACUACAUCACAGGCUCCAAACACAGCUUCACAGGCGCGUUUGACGACCCUGGGCCGUACGGGCGGGGCCGCUACCGCCCAGAGAUGCUACCCGAGGUCGACAUCUCCGAGUGGCGCAAGGGCUCGCAAUGGUUCGAAGUCACCCGAGAGCUCGCGCUGUACAUCAUCGAGGACAAGAAAUUCUACCCAAAAUUUGCCCAGUUUUGCAAGCCGGCAUGCUACGUGGACGAGCACUACUUCCCGACCAUGCUCACCAUCAGGGCCGGGGGCUCUUUGGCCAACAGAAGCCUCACGUGGGCUGACUGGUCAAGGGGUGGUGCCCAUCCGGCCACCUUUGGAGGCCCAGACAUCACGGAGGAGUUGUUUGAGAGAGUGUUUGAGGGCCAUAAAUGUUCGUAUAAUAGUGCGACGACUUCUGUGUGUUUCCUUUUCGCGAGGAAGUUCUCUCCAAGCGCGUUGGAGGCGCUGUUCUUGGUGGCGCCCAAAUAUUUGGGAUAUUAG